AUGGUAGACAAAGCGCUCUGGCUUUGUUUGGUGACUGCCAUCGGCUCGACCCUGGUGGAACCAUUUGGCAUCUACCCAGGGAUGGUCACGGCACUUAGCUGCACUUAUUUUUCUGAGAAGUUGAGAUUCUUCCCCACAGUCCCAGAGUCCCCGUCAGAGUUUCAAGGCCCAGACAGUGGCCAUUAUUCCCAAAGGAAUAAUAGUGACGUCAACUUCACUGUGACCCUGCAACUCGACAUUGCCACGGACCCUGGCAGAACGGACGUUGCCUCUUACCAGAAGAGUGUGAGCUGCCCCUAUCCCCAGUGGCGCUCGAGAGAGCUCGUGUGUGAGACAAACUACAUGGAGGUUUCUGUCAAGAGAGAAGUCCCUUUACUCCCGAUGGACCUGCUCCAGGAUGAGCCAGAGGACUGGGCCGCGGCGCUGCCCGAGGUGACCUCGGGCGUGGCCUCCAUCUGGCAGAUCGUCUUCCACACUCCGGCCACGCAGCGCGCCAUGCUGGUGAGCGACGCCCACCGGGCCGGCUACGGGAUCAACACGACGGAGACCAGGGUCCUGCUGCGGGCUGGCUUCGCCGUCCCCGAGGCCGAGCAGCUGCAGAUUCAAGGCGUUACUUUUACUGCUGUGAGAUCGAGCACUUUCUACAAGCAGCACUGGAUGAUUUUGAUGGUGGACACAGCUGUGGCUUGCCCUAUGGAUGGCGUUGAUUACUCCGAGGACACUAUCACUUGGACCAUCCCCAAGAAUAUCAGCCCCCUUCUUGUCGGGGCCAGCCACAUCAAGGACCUCUCCGUAGAGAUGGGAGUGAACCUCCACAAGUUGUCCCCUGCCGACAUUGUCUCCAGGAACUACAGAUUGAGGAGUGACAACAACACGAUUGUCAUCAAGGUUCCUGCGGGUGCAGAAGGCGGUUACUACAAGACCCAUGUGAGAAAUGGGCGCUAUGGCACCACUUACAGUAUCAACUUGUUUCUGGAGCACCAGUGGGAGGAUGACAGCUGGGGGGUGACCAAGCACACCAUGAUCAAAGCUGUGACGACGCCUCUGUGCCUCCAGGAACCCGUGAUGAUCGACAACACCAACACCAGCCUUCGACUCUUCGGGAUCACAGUAGGAUCAUUUCUUCCGGAUGUACAGUUAGACUUCACAGUGAAGGAUGGAGUUUUCCCGGUGCCGGCGCCCGAGGCCUCUGGUUACAGCAUCACCCAGAGCGUCCUCGGUAAUGGAAGCAGUGCCUACCUCAUCGAAGUGGGCUUUGACGCUCCGGGUAUAGACGUGGAGUACACAGGUGAGGAUAUCAGGACGUAUACGCUGAACACCACCUUGACCUUCAGCGUGGACUCCAGCGUGUUCACCAUCCCAGUAGUUGUCGCCUCUCCGGUCCAAGACGCAGUGCUGCCCGAGGCCGCCGGUCAUUGUGGCACUGACCACCUCUCGCUGGCCAUCACUAGAGGCAACGUCGACCAGCACUGGGUCCCCUUCGCCUCCUCCCUGCACCUGACGCCAGAGUCUGCACAGGUGCAUGGCGGCCGGUUCCUGGACAAUGGCACACACCUAGCCCUGCAGGUGUCCUGCUUCUCAGAGCAUGUGACCUACGAGGUACAGAGCGGGUUUACGGGGUCCCGUGCUCAACUGACCUCGCAUCCUAAAGGCUCUUAUUUACCCCACUCCGACCCCUUCCCUCGAGGCUGUCCUAGCGGCAGCCGCCAAGCCAGAGAACCUGUGUCGGGGCUGGGAGUGGAGGCAGGUGAAUUACGCUUGAAGGAUGAGCAAACCCUCGCGGAUACGAGAGACUUCUCUAUUACUUGUCCCUUCUCCUCUGAAGAAUUAAUAGCCUGCGAGGCCAAUGGCACCAUGAUAGUUACUGCAGUGAAACUGGGAGGAGUUCCGGACCUGGACCCGUCAGGACUCACGUUACGAGACAGACGCUGCCAGCCUGCAACUGUCACCAGAACUAGCGCAACUUUUGUGUUCGGCGUGAACACUUGCGGAACAAGCAGAAAGAAGAACCCAGCACCCAGUGUGAAGCCAGGACUUGGUCAUCUUGCCCUGGCCAUGAAGCUGUCCAAAGAUUCAUUGUACUCAGAAUUCUACAAGGAUGCAGAAUACCCUGUGGUGAAGUAUUUAAGAGAAGCCAUUUUCUUCGAAGUAGAGCUUCUGGAUUCCGAAGAUCCACAGGUGGAGCUGUUUCUCGAGGACUGCUGGUGUGCUGGGGCUCCGGACCCCGAGGGUGGCCCACAGUGGAACGUCAUUAUUAACGGCUGUGCAAAUGCUGAUGAUUCUUAUGAAACCGUGUUUCACCCCAUGGAUGCAACCUCCGUAAUGUUUCCUUCCCACGUGAAGAGAUUUGAAGUGAAAAUGUUUACCUUCAUGAAGGAAGAAAGUGCAUUAUUGGAAGAUCUGCACUUCCACUGCAGCGUGCUGAUCUGCGAUGCCAAGGAGCUCGCCUCCGACCGCCUGUGUGUGAGUGUGAGAAGGUGUGUUCCUGGCAAGCCGAGACUCGGAAGAAGUACUGUCCACGUGAGAGAACAUGUCUCUUCCAGAGCCAUCAUCUUGGCCACUUCAAAUAAAAACCGAGCACCUUUUGCCCAGAAAACAUCGCCACUUCUCCAGAACCAUGUUCCUAUUUCUGCCUUUCAGAUUUCUGGAGAUUGA